GCGUGAAGAAGGCAGAGUACGUAGGCAGACUCGGCUAACUAUGGUGUUGCCGUAAAGCUAAUUUUUGUCGAAGAAGAUAGCUUGCUAACGUUAAUGUUAGCAAGUAGCCUGUUCGUGUAAAUGCUAGAAUGGACAUGAUAAACUCUCAGUUCCUGGACAAGAUGAACAAUAACAUUGGGAGACUGCACUACGAAGAUGAGUCCAAGAUGCCCUCCCUUUCUGCCACUAUGUCCAAUAUAAGUGGGCCUCCUCCUCACUGCCCAAGCAAACGAAAAUAUGGCGAAGAACAAAUGGAAGACCGAUUCCACUGUGAUGAAGACCACAUGACCAAAAUGAGCAGAUUGUUUGCCACCCAGCUGGGACGUCCCUCUGCUGGAGACAACCGUAGUGAGCACUGGAGCCUCAGCCACAGUCCUGUAGAGCACGUUAUUUCCUCCUCUAAUGGUCUCCAUGGGAACCAUCUGUAUGCUUCCAUUGCUGGCUAUGCUGUAGACCAGCCGAUACCUCUGACCAAAAGCAGCCAUGACAUUGGAGUCAGGGGAACAGAGAGGUCUGUCAUAAGUGGAACUGUAGAGCGCCAGCAGAAUCGUCCCUCGGUUAUUACCUGUGCCCCUGCGAGCAACCGCAACUGCAACCUCUCUCACUGCCACAUGAAUGGUUGCACUACUAGCCCACAUACUGAUCCGAGAAAGGCUAAUGUAUGCGAUCCUGUGAUUGAGGAGCACUUUCGUCGAAGUCUUGGAGAGAACUACAAAGAAGCAGAGUCUGUGUCUAACUCAGUGUCCAUAACGGGUUCAGUGGAUGACCAUUUUGCCAAGGCACUGGGAGAUGCCUGGCUCCAAAUCAAGGCCAGGGGUGGGGGCCAUCAAACUCCAGACGCUGAUCCGUGAAUCAGAGGGGAGUAAACAUUAUAAUCACUUAAGUAUGUGCAUAUGAGAGUAGAGAUCGCUCGCUCUCAUUUCUUGCCAAGAAUCAACUUCCCUUAACCAAGAACAGAGUAAGACAUAUGGUGCUCACACCGGCUGUUUGCUUGUGGACCUCAAGGGUCAACCUUCUGUUAGCUCAAUCUGAAAUCAUUAAAUCUCUCUUAUAAUAGAAGAGAAUCUUAAUAUUGAAUAGUUGGGUUGACAGUGUUAGUUGUGGAAACAAUCAUAGAUUUUAUUUUGAAAUGAAAAUGAGAUUCACAGAGUGGUCAGUUGUUCAGAGUUCAUGCUCUGUUUUACCUGCCUUUCACCUGCCUUGAUAGCCAAAGAGUUUCCUGCCUUUCCAAUCAACAUAUAAGCCAUGGAUUUACUCUUUAUUUUCAUCUAAAUCACACUGCUUUUGAAUUUAUAUUACUUGAAAAGGACAGCCAGGUCUCAUUUGCACUAUUACAUUUCUGACUGUUUAAGGUAGCAGGUUACCUGUUUCAGUUGGAACUGAUGUGUUCACGAAUACAUUUGUGAUUGUGAUAAUGCAAUUAAGGCUCUGGUCCCCCGCUUUGUGAAGACACUAGCCUAAUCAGUCUUCUUUAUGAUGGUGAACUGGACGUAUCCACUGUUGAAUAAUUAUAGUUUCCUGUCUAUACACUCACUGUGGGCGAUUACUUAAUAAACUAAUAUCACAGUAGAUAUCUAACUAGACAGCAUGUUUUAAAUAGCUGGGUUCUAUUACAAUCCUUAUUCUAUACUAUAUAUUUACUCAGAAUUUAUUUUUUAUCUGUAACAUUUUAGAAAUACUCACUGCUGGUACAGUUGUACUCAAUAUAUUUUUUUGUAUCAGGUUUUCAUUAGUAUAUGUAGAUGUAUAUCCUAGCAUCCAUCUACAAGUCACAGCCUCUGGCAAGGUUGUAUGAAUACAGUUUAAAUAGGCUGCAUUGCUUUUUUUUGUUUGUUUUUGUUUUGUUAAUUCUGUGGAGCUGAACACUGCGGCUUUACACAAGACUGAAUACAGCUAAAUCUGACUUUCUGUAGCUUUUUAUUAGCAGUGACUUUAUUUAUUCUUCACAUGUUGAUAGUUUCAUGUUGACUUUUGGCAAAAUGCAGUGACAACAGAACUUUGACUUUAAUGUGUUUCUUUUUGUUGUUGUUCCUUUUUUUUUUUUUUUUAAUGGUUCAUUCCAUGAAAAGUUCAUUAGUGCCUCCCACCUCUCCUCCUCACAGUAAGCACAUUUAUUUUUUUCUACAGUAACUACAGUAAUAAUGGAUUGGAUUUAUAUAGCGCUUUUUCAAGGCACCCAAAGCGCUUUACAAUGCCACUAUUCAUUCACUCUCGCAUUCACACACUGGUAGAGGCAAGCUACAGUAUGCUUAAUAAAGCCAUAGAAAGUUACAGGAAACUAAAUGGUGCAUUCAAAAUUUUAGCACUUUUUAAUUUGUGAUAUAGAGUAACUGAAACAAGCUUUAAAAAAAUCUAGAGUAAUUGGUCAUUUCGUACUUUUGAUACUAGGCUGAUCUUCUAGCUGUGAUAUUUUUUUCCAUUAAUUUUGUAAUCGUCAUUGUUUGGGUCACCUUAAAAUGUAACUUAAGGUUGAACCGUUCGAUACAGUGCUUUCGGUUCGGUAUGCAUAUGUAUCGAACAAUACAAAUUUUUAAAAUUUAUUUUAUCAACUUUUCUUCUGACGAUGCUGUCUGUGUUGAGAGCUCAGUGGAUCUGUGUUUGACUACUUCGCCUAGGCUUAGGCUGCACUGUCGAGCGCAGAUCCACUGAGCGCAGCGCAAGCUAGCAAGACAGAAGCUAAGCUCGUUGCAACAUGGCAAAUUGAACCUCUCCCACCCUCAUUCAGA